UCCUGCCCCUGGAAGAGCAGACUUUCCAAGAGUCUGCUCUGUGCCCGGCUUCCUGUGUAUCCUGGCUAUAGCUUAAUAGCUAAGCGCUAGCUGUGAUGGCAGGAGGCCCCCCUACUAUCAAGGAGGAGAUGGAAACAUCCAUCGCUGAAGAGCUGGUUCCUGGAAACUAUGGGAAAAGCCAGGAGCACCUGGUGAUAGCAGAAAUGAUGGAGCAUGGAUCCCAGUCUGUGGGUGCUUCUCAGCGGCGACAGAAGGCGGAUCCAAAGGCUGCUGGCUCUGCUGCAGGUCAAUCGGGUUGGAAUAUGACUGGCAACCGGAGCAAGAAAGCGGGGCCCCAGCUGCCAUUACCCAGAAUGUUGAGAGAACCAGGCCACGGUGAUGCCCAUUCCCAGGAGCAUCCUCAUGGCUUCCAAAACAUGAGGUUCCAUUAUGAGCGCAACCCAGAGACUGAUAUGAUGACAGAGAUUGGCCUAGAAGAGCUCAAUGGACUGGAGAUGGAAGUCAUGAAAAGGCAGCUGCAGGUGAUCACCAGCCGCCUGCGAGCCCUGGAGGACCAGGGCGCCACCUGGCGCCACAGGGAAGCUCUGUUCUUCACCGUGCUGGUGUCGGCCUGCAUUGCCAACCUGUGGCUGUGGAUGCGCCAGUGAUGCCUCCAGCGCCCGAGCCCCUUUCUCCUUCCUCUUGCCUUUCCUCCCUGCCCCACUCUUGCUCGUGCUCCUUCCAUCUCCCAGCAGCCCUUAGCAGCAUCAGAGCCAUUGUCCACCUCUCCCCCGCUGGCCUGGGGAGGCCUGUGCUGCCGGGAGGUCGGAAAAGGGCAGCGUCCUGCUGGCCCAUCAGCGCUCCAUGAUCACCAUCUGAGAGCUGAACCUUGCCAAUGCGCCCUCGGUGUCCCUUCCGCUCCAUCGUCUGUGGCAGGGCCCUGGCUGCGCCUUCCCAGUUUUCUUCCACUUUGUGUACGGGGCUCUACACGCAGAACAUGCUCAAUAAACGCUUACUGAUAGCAGCAAA